GAUGGAUUGAUGCUAGUUCUCUCAAAGCCCUCGAGAUCUGUCUGCGACGUGCGAUAUUCCGAUAACCUGGCUGAAGCGCGGAUCAAGAUCGACUUAGGAGCGCCUUUUAUAGCUGCUAAACUAUGGAUCCGUUCCGCAACCCGCCGGUCGACACCUUGGCCGCGGCUCGGCUUCACGUCCAGGCCCUGACCGAUUGCGGGCUACCGCGCGAAGCUCUACUGCGAGCUGUACUCGAAAACUAUAGAGAUGAUGCGUUGUCGAGGAUGGACACGGGAUAUCAACAAGAGCAUCCACAGCCUGGCCAGCAAACAUCGCAGGCACAGGGCAUGAUGAGCCAGAGCAGUCUCAACACGCGACUUUCCGUGUCGACAACGAGCUCGAAAUCAUCCGGGAGGGCAAGUGUCAUGUCCACGGCAACCACGAUGAGCUCAGUCUCGUCCCAAGGUGGAGCCGCAGAAGGAGCAACGCAACUGCACCCGCCCCCUGCGCCGCCCACGAAAGGGAGCAGCCGAGGAUCAUCAAAGCCUCAAGGCGCUUACUGGUGCACCUUUUGCGACGUGGCAUUCCAAAGAAAAUUUGACUGGAAGCGCCACGAGGAUGAAUUCCACGAGCGCUACAAGCGCUACCCCUGUCCGAACUGCAAUCGCAUGUUUUGGGGCUCCAACACAUUUAACCAACACCACAAGAAUGCCCACGGAUGCACUACAUGUCCCCAUGCGGACAGUGUUGUGCAGUAUACGCACCGAAAGCGGGCUUGGGCGUGCGGUUUCUGCGGCGGGUACCAAGCCAGCCGUGACCGUUACUUCGAUCACGUCGCCCGGCACUACGAAGACGGCUGCAAUAAAUCGCACUGGAACCACUCUCUCGUCAUCUACGGUCUUUUGCACCAGCCAGCGAUCAAGGACGCCUGGGAAAGGCUCAAUGCCGCGCUAUACGGCCACCUACCACGUAACCAGCAUCCAAAGCUGCAGUGGGAUCCCAAUGGAACCGGGCAUGCGCAGGGGUUUCUAGAGGGCGAGAGCCCGGGGAAUCUGCAGGAUCUUCUCGAGUUCUUUGACGAAAGCCGAGAUGACCCGGAAUCCUUAGCCCGUUUGGCCCAUGACUCGGCCAUCAUUGUGCCUCGGCACCAGCUGCAGGCGGCUGCUGAACCGGCCCCGGCCCUAUUAUCAAGACCGACGUCCGCAUCGCCGAAGCCUAAGGCCCCAAUGAAGGCCGCGUCUUCGACAAGACAUAUGUCCGUCCCUCAACCGAACCCCCCACCACCCCCUCCAUACGAUGAGAGUCAUGUGCGCUUGAAGAAACAGCGCAGCAUAGCGCCUCUUCCGUCGACAUUCGCGAAACCGGCUCCGGUUUUUGAGCAGCCGAGGAUACCACCACAAACGCAGGGAUUAGUAUCAUCUACUUUCGCACAGCCCAUGGCAGCGGCAGCAUCAGCAUCGGGGGCAUUCUAUGAUUUGACGGUUACGCAUGUCCGGCCGCAUAUGCAACAACAACAGCAACAACAUCAACAUCAGCAUCAGCAGCAGGAGUCGGUGGUGGCUCCCAUGGGUCUAUUUGAGGAUUGGAGCAGCAUGGCGGCCACGGUAGUGGACGACUCGUUAUUUGCUGGUUGGCAGCAUCUCGGGACGCAGCGGUGACAGCCUUUCUGUUGCGUUUACUGAUUUUGGGCAUUCUCUUCCCUUCAGAGCAAGCCUCUUUUCGCAGCGCGACCCCGGUCAUAUAUGGUCGCUUUACACUAGCCAUUCUAAUGUUUUGUAUGAGAAAUCUGGUUAAAGGGUCAACAAACCCGGGACUCCGCGGGACGGGACAAAGAGAGGAGGAUGGGAACCACAACAUGACGGGAAUCCUCGGAUGGACUGGCAUUCAUCGCCUGGUUGGGCCAGAGGCGCGGUACUAGAUCAUGGAACAGGGUUCAUUUUGGGGCGUUUUACUCAAAAAGAGGACAACGUGGAUAUCUGUUCAAGGAGUGCAGUUUUUGGGUAGUUUAGGAAUUAGGAGUAAGAUAGGCGCUGAACGAGUGCGCAAGUGCUCCUGGAACUCGGAGCAAGCCGG